AUGGACAGCAUAACACAAAGACAUCUCAGUAACUACAUCACGGGCAAUGACAUCCAUUGUACCUAUACAAUGGAAAAUGCUAAAGGGCAGUCAUACCUUCAUGAUAACCCCGAUGGGGCUUACAAAACUCCUUCUAAUCCUUAUAUAUAUAAAAGGAAAAAUCCGAAACAGUUUAGUUUUUACAAUCAAACAGACAAUACAUCCUCUUCACAUAUCUUUCACAGCGGAAACCACAAACAACGAGAUCUUCGCAUAUUUGCCACCACUGAACAACAAACUACGAUAUUCUUUCUAUUUGCCAAAUACAUUUCCUUUAGCAUAUCCCCUGCUCAAUGA